AUGCCAAUCAAGACCGAUUAUCCCGCAGUGAUCAAAUUAUCUGACGUAGAGCGUACAACUGGUCAUUUAUCUCCCUCGAAUCUAUACCAUGCUGUCACUGCAUUCCACAACGACGGUGUGAUCGUGCUGGACAAUGCUAUUCCAAUAGACAUCAUAGACAAACUCAACGAAAGAAUGAUGGUGGAUACAGAUCGUAUCAUGUCUGGAACAGUCAAAGGGGUUCACUGGAACCAAGGCAUCGAAUGCGGUAACAUAUCUCAGGUUCCUCCGCUUGUCAAAGAUUACCUCUUCCCCGAGAUAUAUGCCAAUAAGCCCGCUUCCGCCGUGCUCACUCAGCUACUCGGGCCAAGACCAGAACUUCACUAUGUUCGAUCCAACACCCUAAUUGGUCAUGCUCCUGAACGACAAGACGUACACCGAGAUAUCAAAGGUCGACAUAUUCCCGCCUCCACCGUUAUCGCAAUGAAUGUCUGCCUUAUCGACGCGCAUGCCCAGAACGGGUCGACGGAGAUAUGGCUCGGUAGUCAUAGGGAGCAGACUCUGGACGAUUACGUGGCCAUCACAUCAGGCGAUGUCAAGAAGACCUCUUUGGAGAGAAGAAGGCAGGUCAGACCACCAGUCCAGCCUACUUUGCCAAAGGGAAGCUUGGUGCUACGGGAUCUGCGAUUAUGGCAUGCGGGCAUGCAUAACGAAACCGAUGAAGUAAGAGUGAUGCUUGCGCUUGUCUAUACUGCUGGGUGGUACAAAAACCCCCUGCUCCCUCCUUGGCCUAAGUCUAUCCAGACGGAAGUUGAAGCCCUUGGUGCGAUCAACGAUACAUGGGUAGGGGGUACAUUUUAUGAGGACGAGGAUGGUAAGAAGGAAUAUCUAGCUAUUGAGUUUGACGGGAAUUUCGGCACCAGCUUUGAGGAUUUGAUGGCUAUGGCUUAA